AUGGCUGGAAAAGCAGCAAAAUCGGUGGCGAAAGCCGUAAGCGAAUACCAGUAUCCAUGGAAAGAGAAGCUUUCCAAGUAUAGGGACGAGCUUUCGAAAGGCGUUUGGGGCUACUGGGAGCUCGGGGCCUGGAAGCCUCUCGGCAUCAGCGCAAGACGUAGGGCCCGCCUCCGUAAGGAGGUCCUCCUUGCAGGGGCAGAUUGGGAAUUUGACCCCGAGAGAAAGGAGAUGAAGACGAAGAGGAAAGGGCACAAAGUCGAUAGGCUGGCUGCCGAGAAGAAGGAACGUACGGCAGAGCUCAUGCAGGCAAUGCCGGAGAUGCUGGCGGACUACCGGAAGAGGAGGUGGGAGAGGAAGAUGAAGGCGGAGGAAGAUGCCGCCAAGAAGGCACUUAAUGAGUGA